GCGGCUGCGGCUGCUGCUGCCAUGUGGCGUGAGACAGAGACAGACCCGAGGUGACACGAGUCAAACAGCUACAAAAGUCUUCUGACCUCUCCUGGGUUUUCUUCUGUUUUAGCUGCAGCCUGUCGGUCGGUCGAAUCCCCUGAAACAUGCUGAUCGCUCUGCUCCUCACCUUCCUGGUCUCCUCUGCCUUUGCAAAGAAAGACACUGCUCUUCUUCGGCUGAAUGACACCAACGCUGCCGAGGCCUUCAUCGACUCUGCUGAGGUGGUGGUCAUCGGAUUUCUGGAGGGAGAGGAGAGUCGUGGCUAUGCAGAGCUCGUUGAAGCUGCAGGGCGAGUUCCCACCGUCCCUGUCGCCAUUUGCACAGAGAAGGAGGUGUGGGCCGACUACAAGCUCUCCUCAGACACCAUCACCGUCUUCAGGAAGGCGGACAAUCACCAGGACAAUCUUGUUGUGGCGGACGCCAAGAAGCUGGACGCUGAUGGUCUCGUAAAUUUCAUCAGCGUCAAUGAGAUCCGAUACAUCACAGAAUACAACCAAGUGUCUGCAGUGGGCCUAUUCAACUCGGAGGUGAAGUCACACCUCCUGCUCUUCGCCAACAGGGGGACUAAAGAAUUUAACAAGCUCAAGGAGCAGCUCAGAGCUCUGGCCCCUGAGUUUACAGGCAAGUUCUUGUUUGUGCUGAUUAAUGGAGCCGUGAAGUCCAACUCUCGGUCACUCGGCUACUUUGGCAUCAAGGCUCAGGACCUCCCACGAGUUGGCAUCUACGACGCCAGCUCGGACAUGAAGUGGCUCCUUCCUGCGGGGGAGAUUUCUAACGAAGGAGUGAGGGAGUUUUGCCAGUCGUUCCUGCGAGGAGAACUGAAGGAUGUGAAACAGGCCGGAGACGAACCCAAAACAGAGCUCUAAAACACAACCAUCAAAUGUAAAUACAUUAUUAUGCAUUAAACAGAUUCUUAAAUGAAUAAAGCAUCUGAUGUGGAUUCUUCCUUUGGUAAAAACCGA